AAUUUAAGCCGACGUAGUUGUCUGUAAUCAGCACAGCACAUGUUUACAUUGAAAAAUUCGAAACAUUUUAAUGAAACUAAAAAUUAAAUAUAACAAUGUGCAGCAUAGGCGAAGAUGAUUUUGGCGAUGAAGGAGGAGCACACGCCAUGAUACCUGAUGGAAAACUUAUUACAAAUUUGGAAACACCCGGAGAUAUCUUGUGCAAUAAAUGUAAAAAGCCAGGAGCUACCUACAAAUUGACGUUUAGAGAAGCUGAGUGCAAGGAAUGUUUCUUGAAUUAUGCACGCCACAAAUUUCGAGCCGCAUUAGGGUCAUCCAAAAUUUUGCCCAGAAACGCUAACGUGGUACUUGUAUUCAACGGUAGCGCUCAGUCAGUGGUUCUUCUGGAUAUGCUUCACCACGCCCAAACCCAAAACACAUUUAAGAGGCUCCAUUGCAAUGCCACAGUGAUUUUUAUAGAUGACUAUUGGAUUUGCCACGGUGUAACUUCUGAAGGUGAUUACCAAAACUUUAUUAGGAACAUAAAGAAUAUUCUGAGCACAUACUGUGGUUUUGAGAGUUUCGUAUUGCCUUUAAUGGGCAUUGACGAUGCUAUGAGUUUAAUAUUUAAUUUUAAAACAUUACCGGAUGAUUACUUUGUUAAAGUAAAUAGUCCUUCGAAAGAUUUCAUCGAAUCGUUGGAAAACAUAAAAUCUUUAACUUCUCGCCAAGAUUUUGUCAAACAUCAUCGCAGUAGAUUAAUAGCUGAAGUAGCAAGAUAUUUUCAAUGUCAGUUUGCUUUUAUGUCCGCCAUUAGCUCAGACUUAGCUUCCGAUUUAUUGGCCGCUGUAGCCUUGGGAAGAGGAGCUAGUGCAGCAUUAGACGUGGCAUUGGUUGAUAACCGACUGCCGAAUGAUGUACAAAUUGUUAGGCCUCUAAAAGACUUGACCCAGGAGGAAAUUAAAUUAUAUGCAAGAGCCCAAGAACUUUAUCUGCCACUAUACCAAGCCUAUGGUGAUGAUGGUGGUUCAUCAGCAAGUUUGCAAAAUCUUACCAAAACUUUUGUUGAAGGUUUGCAGAGAAAUUAUUCCUCAACUGUAUCCACGGUUUUUCGAACUGGAAGUAAGAUUACUUUGAAUCAGGACAUAUCUUUAAAAAUGAAAGACCUAUCUGUCUUGGAAGAUGGCCUUGGAUUACAUUGUUCUUUUUGCAAAUCAUUUCUCGACUACAAAGAUUCGACUACUCUCUUGGCUAUAGAAUUUUCACGUGUGAUUUCGGAGAUGGGAGUAACGCAUAAUACCGCGCAAGAUCUGAAUUACAAAGCACACCAAUAUGUUAGCGGGGUAAAUGAGGAGGGUCACAUGAGAAAUUUAUGUCACGCUUGCAGAAAUAUUUAUGCGGAAAUGUUGAACAAAAGCCACUUUCUUUAAUUUUAUUAUUACAUAUAAUAUUCUUAAUAAAACACUAUUUUUGAAAAAAAUUAAA